AUGGAUAAACUGGAUAAAGGUUUGGUGAAGAUAAUUCGAAAUAAAGCGAAGGGAACUGUUGUCAUUUUUGAUCGGAAUGAAUUUUAUGCGUGUUAUGAUGACGAUGCAGUUUUCAUUGCAAACAAUAUUUUUUGCAGUGAAGUGGGUCUUCGACGAUGCCAACUUGAUGAAGUUGAAUUAACGUAUCAUGUUUUAAAUAGCGCGCAGUAUUUGCGCGUUAUCCACGAUGUUAUCUUAGUGCAUCAUUAUCGUGUAGAGGUAUAUGCUGCAGAUGAUGGACAGUGGGAACUUAAAGCGAAGGGUUCACUAGGAUGUUUAAAUGAUUUUGAAGAAAUUAUUGGGGAUAGUGCUGAAUUGUACGAGCUUACAACAGUUGCGGCGUUAACUGUGACAGAAGGACAUGAUUCCACUGAAUGUGUGGUCUCUGUUGUGUCCUGUAAUGUUCGAGAAAUGCAGCUUACGAUCGCCGAAUUUCUUGAUAAUGAGCAUUUCGUGAAUUUGGAGAAAUGUUUGGCUGCAUUGGUGCCCCGAGAAUGUUUACUGGUUUCGAGUAAAAGGGGAAUAUCAUCUGUCAGUUUAUCCGGCGAAAGUAAUAACCAAUUGAAUACAACGCUCAAAAAAGCUGGUAUCAAAAAAGAACUCUUUCAGUUUAAUGAUCAACUUCCUACUCUGCUUUCUGAUCAAAUAGUUCGAAUGAUCGAUCCGAAAUGUAAAGACAUUCAUUUUUCAAGAGCGCAGAAAAGUUGUCUUGUGGGAUUGAUUCAGUAUUUGCAUUUGAAUGAUGAUGGAAUGGGAAGUGGAAAAUUUCAAUUACGUAAUUAUAAAUCGGCAGGUUACAUGUAUUUGAAUUCUGCUGCGGUAAAAGCUCUCGAAUUGUUCAGUGCAUAUCAAGAAGAUGAAGAUUUAUUGAAUGAUGUAGGUUCGCUUUAUGAAUUAUUAAAUAAAUGCCGCACUCCUCAAGGACAACGCCUUUUACGUGAGUGGAUUCGACGACCUUUACAUGAUAUACGUAAAAUUAAUGAACGAUUAGAUGUAGUUGAAGCUUUUGUCAAUGAUUCAUCAUGCCGUGCUAUGCUUCAUAAUGACAUCUUACGUCGAAUACCUGAUAUCACAUCAAUUACAAGGAAAUUGGUGCAGAAGAAGGCAGGCUUGCAGGAAUGUUAUCGGCUUUACCAGAUCGUCUGUCUGCUGAAACGAUUCCAUCAAGUACUGGCCGAGCUUCACGCCUCUUGUGGUUCCUUAGCACCGUCUGUUAAUGAUUUAUGUUUGGAGCCACUUGCUCUAGCGCAGUUACAGUUUGAAAAGUUCACGGCACUGAUUGAAAGUACAGUUGAUAUAGCUUAUUUCAAAGAAAAUGGAUUAUAUAGGAUUUUACCAAAUAUUGAUGAAUAUUUGGAAGCGACAGCUGAAACAAUGUAUGAGAUUGAAACGAAGUGUAAUACUUUGUUAAAGAAAGUUUGUUCUAGAAUAACCGAAACAGUCAAACUUGAAAACACUGAACAUCACGGUUUCCAUUUUCGAGUCACUCUAAAAGCUGAAAAAUCAAUUAGGCAGUCAGGUAUGCAUAUUCUCGAAACAAGUAAAGGUUCCGGUGUACGCUUUACCUGUGACGAUUUGGAUGCACUAAAUGGUGAAUAUAUGAAGCUUUCUUCUCAAUACGAAUCAAUCCAAAGUAGCUUUGUCGACAUGGUUGUCGAAACUUGUUCUGGUUAUAUUUCAACAUUCUGUGAGUUAUCUAAAGUAAUCGCUAUAAUUGAUACUUUGGUCGCACUUUCUAUGCUGGUCAGCGGAUCUUCUUUCUGUUACGUGAGACCACAAAUACUUGAUGAAGGUAAGCAAGUUCUGGAACUCAGAAAGUGCCGUCAUCCAGUUAUGGAGGCGAAUCCGAAUUCCCCACAAUUUAUAUCAAAUGAUGUAGUUCUCGGCAGCGAACAAGGAGAUGGUGCAAUGUUUUUGAUACUGACAGGCGCAAAUAUGGGAGGAAAAAGUACAUACUUACGUUGCUGCGCACUUUCUGUCCUUUUGGCACAAAUGGGCUCAUUUGUGCCAUGUGAGAGCGCCAGAUUUUCUCUUAUAGAUGGCAUUCAUACAAGGAUAGGUAGCUGCGAUUAUCAAUGUAAAGGGGUUUCUACGUUUAUGGCAGAAAUGAAUGACUGUGCAUCAAUUCUCGAAUCAGCAACCUGCCAUUCGUUGGUUAUUGUUGAUGAGUUAGGACGUGGUACAUCAACAUAUGAUGGCUUUGGAUUAGCUUGGGCAAUUGCAGAAGAUAUUGUCUCGCGAGUGAAAUGUUUCUGCAUAUAUGCUACGCAUUAUCAUGAACUGACUGGAUUAAGCCGUGUGUAUCCGAAGCAGUUGAAAAAUGUCUGUACCGCUUCUCAAAUUGAUGGGGACGGGCAACUCAUUUUGCUUUAUAAAAUAAUAUCGGGCGUUGCGGACCGUUCUUUCGGCUUGAAUAUUGGUAAAAUGAUUGGUCUGCCCGACAAUGUUCUUCAGACUGCGAGCGACAUGUUGGAGAGAUUGGAAGCAGGAAAUCCGAAGUUAAAUUCGGAUGAAGAGGAACUGUAUAGAAUGAUCCAUAGUUUUGGAGACGAUGAGCUGCGGCAACAGAUCCUGGACAAUUUGAUAAGUGAAGAAGGGGACUAA